AUGUCGUCGAAAAGAGGACCUGAUGAAUGGUUAGAGACCAUAAAAAAAUGUCAAGCAUUAACAGAAAAUGAAAUGAAACAACUUUGUGAAAUGGUAAAGGAAUUACUAAUGGAAGAAAGUAAUAUUCAACCAGUACAAACCCCAGUCACGGUAUGUGGUGAUAUCCAUGGUCAAUUCCAUGAUCUUCUUGAACUUUUCAGGACUUCAGGUGGGUUCCCUGAUGAUAUCAAUUAUAUUUUCCUUGGAGAUUAUGUGGAUAGAGGGUAUUACAGUUUAGAAACUUUUACACUUUUAAUGUGUUUGAAAGUGAAAUAUCCAUCAAAGAUCACACUGGUGAGAGGUAAUCAUGAAUCAAGACAAAUUACUCAAGUUUAUGGAUUUUAUGAAGAAUGUUUAAAUAAAUAUGGUUCCACUACAGUAUGGAAAUAUUGUUGUCAAGUCUUUGAUUUCUUAACUUUAGCUGCUAUAAUCGAUGGGAAAAUACUAUGUGUACAUGGUGGGCUUUCUCCAGAAAUCAGAAUGUUAGAUCAAAUUAGAGUCCUUUCAAGAGCUCAAGAAGUGCCUCAUGAAGGUGGGUUUUCAGAUUUAUUAUGGAGUGAUCCAGAUAAUGUGGAAGCUUGGCAAGUUUCUCCCCGUGGGGCAGGUUGGCUAUUCGGAAGUAAAGUUGCCAGGGAAUUUAAUCAUGUUAAUGGCUUGAAUUUAAUCGCAAGAGCACAUCAAUUGGUCAUGGAAGGGUUUAAAUAUCAUUUCCCUGAGAAGGAUGUCGUUACUGUAUGGUCAGCACCAAAUUAUUGCUAUAGGUGUGGUAAUGUGGCAAGUGUAAUGAAAGUUGAUGAAGAAUUAGAACCUACUUUUAAAAUAUUCUCGGCAGUACCGGAUGACUAUAUCCAAGAAACUGCAGUAAAUCAUACUAACCAAAGAGCUGGGUAUUUCUUAUAG